AUGGAAGACGACGUCGCUGUUAUCGGGAUCGGAUGCAACUUCCCUGGAGGUGAGGGGUUGGACAACUUCUGGAGGGUUUUGUUGGAGGGUAAAAACUGUACUGCAGAUAUUCCAGCAGAGAGAUUUGACACCACUUUUUGGUACGAUGCCGAUGAUAGCAAGCCCGGAAAGACACAGACAACCAAAGCAGCUCUUAUAGAGGGCUUUAAUGAGUUCGAUCACAAGUUUUUUGGCAUUACUGAAGCAGAGGCCGAAUUCAUGGACCCUCAGCAGAAACUCCUCCUGCAGUGUACAUACAGGGCGUUGGAAGAUGCGGGAGUGGCGAUGGAAAGCAUCAGUGGAAGCAGAACUGGAGUUUACAUAGGUCUCAUGAACAGGGACUAUGAACUACUCCGAAGCAACAGCCCAACAACGAUAACCCACUACAAUGGCACUGGGACGGCCAUGAGCGUGGCUGCCAACAGACUGUCCUUCUCCUUCAACCUCACGGGCCCUUCGCUCGCUAUUGACAGUGCCUGUUCUUCAUCUUUGGUGGCUCUGCAUUUAGCCUGCCAGGCUAUAAAGCAAGGAGACUGUGAGAUGGCUCUUUGUGGAGGUGUCAGUUGUAUCAUAGAGCCAAGAGUGUUUGUGGCUCUCAGCAAGGCCAAGAUGAUCUCGCCUGAAGGGACCAGCAAGCCGUUCUCCAGCAGAGCAGAUGGCUAUGGAAGAGGAGAGGGCUGCGGGGUCGUCCUCCUCAAGCCGCUGAAAAAGGCUAUACAAGACCAUGACAAUAUCUGGGGCAUCGUCAGCAAAACGGCGGUCAACCAAGAUGGACGCUCAGUCACUCCAAUCACCAAACCCUCCAUGACGCAACAAGAGGAACUCCUGCGCAGAAUGUACUCAGAGUCUGACCUUGCAAAUGUCCAGUACAUAGAGGCACACGGGACCGGAACUCCUGUGGGAGAUCCAACGGAGGCGGGAAGCAUUUCGAACGCCAUCGCCAAAGCCAGACCUCCAGGUUCAGAGGCACUACGGAUCGGCUCUGUGAAGAGCAACAUCGGACACACGGAAUCUGCUGCUGGAGUGGCCGGACUCAUUAAGGUACUCUUGAUGAUGAAGCACGAGACAAUCGUUCCCUCUGUUUUCUAUUCAGAAGACAAUACCAGCGUAGAUGUAAAAGCGUUGAGGAUAAGGAUUCCGGUUAAAGCGGAAAGAUGGGAGACCGAGGGGUCCUCGGGAAAGGUAGCUGGGAUCAACAGCUUUGGGUUCGGAGGCACGAACGCACACGUGAUUAUAAGAGAGCACAGAAAGACCACUGCACCCACUCAGAUUCCCAACAACUGUCCAAAACUCUUUGUAAUAUCUGCAGCCUGUGAGGAAUCGUUGCACCUGUCCAUCGCUGACACCCUCCAGAGGCUUCGCCGCAAUCAAUCGGUUGAUCUACAGGCGUUGACGUACACCUCGGCAUGCAGGAGGAGUCAUUCCAGACACAAAUUUCGGAAGGCCUUCCCAACAUCUUCCCUGUCAGAUUUAGAACAACGGCUAACAUCUGCAGUGAAAACGAAUGUCGAUUCAAUCAGGUCCGACAUCCAGGUGGUCUUUGUGUUCUGUGGGAAUGGGGUUGCUUACAGGGGUAUGUGCAAGCAGCUCCUGAGAGAUGUUCCCAUUUUCAGAGACAAGGUCAGAGCAGUUGAGAAUCUUUUCCAAAGUCAUAAAAGCACCAGCGUGAGCCGAUGGCUUGCCGGCGAAGACGACAAUGACGUUUUCAGCCGGCCGGAUGUCGUCCAGCCUCUUCUCUUUGCGAUUCAGGUUGGCAUCGCCGCUCUCCUGAAACACUGGGGAGUCAAACCCGACGCCGUGCUCGGGCACUCCGUCGGCGAGGUCGCCGCCGCCCACUGUUCCGGACUCUUGUCUCUCGAGGACGCCGUGAAAGCGGUGCACCGCCGCAGUGUCCUUCAGAGUGAGGUCACGGGCGGGAAAAUGCUUGUUGUUGGGAAUGUCGCCGUUGAAAAUGUAUUACGGACCCUUCCAGAGUUUUCCGGGGAAAUUUGUGUCGCAGCGCUCAACAGCCCCCAAUCUUGCACCCUGUCGGGGGACGCAGAUGCUAUAGACGUCCUUCAUCAGAGGCUGAAGAUGCUCAGGGAAAGAGAUCUCUUCCUCCGUGAGUUGGAUGUGCCAGCAGCAUACCACAGCCAUAUGAUGGAUCCUAUAUUAGAUGACGUUGAGAAAAGUAUCGAGUCCUUGAAUGCCAACGACAAAGAGUGCAAACUGUUCUCAACAGUGACUGGGGACAGUUGUUCAGACGGCGACUUUGUGACGGGCAGCUACUGGGCAAGGAACAUUCGGGAGCCUGUCUUGUUUGAGCGUGCGCUGCGCGCUGCCACCAAAGACAAGCCAUCAACGGUCUUCGUGGAGAUUGGACCUCGUAGCGCUCUCCAAAGAAACAUACAUGAAUCUUUGGGGAAGAACGCCACGGUUCUUCCCUCCGUCCAGCCAGAGAAAGAUUACGCCACGUUGUUGUCUACCGUGGGAAAACUAUUUGAACUGGGCAUCAGUGUGGACUGGCAUCAGCUCCACCGGGGUUGUGAGACUUUGCCCACAGCUCUUCCAGUCUAUCAGUUUGUCAACGCAAAGAAAGAAUUGAAUUUCGAAGCUUUGAGAAAAGGCGGUGACAUGUCGACCCCCUUUACGCUCCUGUCUCGAACGAAGCCGGAUGACAAAGAGUACAUGUGCGACCUCUCAUUGGAGACUGCCCCAUAUCUUUGGGAGCAUAAAAACAAUGGCGUUUCCAUUGUGCCAGGCGCGUUCUACGUUGAGCUCGCGUAUGCCGCAGUGAUGGCCAGUUUAAGGCCCAAGAAACCAGUUUCUCAGCUCCAGCUCAGUGUAAGAUUUGAGAGUCUGUUUGCACUUAGCUCAAACUCUCAUCAGUUGAAAGUAAAACUCGAGCAUGCAGAGAAUGGAGCUUCAUUCAAAAUACAGUCUUCUGUCGCAACACAUGCCUCUGGCACAUACAGGUGUGCAGAUGGCCAACCGCUGUUAGAAGAACCAAUCAUUUGUCUGGACGUGGUCUCCAAAAGGUGCAACUUGGUUAUGAAGAGAAAAGAGAUUUAUUCAAUUCUUUCUCUCGCAGGAUUUGAAUACGGAGCUGUCUUCAAACAGCUUAAUGAUGUGCAUUUUGGAGAUGAAUUCAAGGAAGCCGUGACAGCGAUUCAGGUUCCAGGUCAACUUCUACAACACCUUCAUGAGUUUUUCCUUCACCCUGUGUUAUUGGACUAUUUCCUGCAAAUGACCGCUGUGGUUGCUAUUGGUCGGCUCACUGCAAAGCCGGGAUUCCCCUCAGCUAUCGGUAGUAUAACCAUUUCAGGACCACUGCAAGAAGAUAUGGUCAUGUACUUACGAGCCACUCAAGAGACUCCAGACUUCCUGGAUGUAUGCGGUAGCUUUGCCACCCCAGAGGGUCAUGUGCUGGUAGAACUUAAGGGGGUGAGGAUCUCAUUUUUGGGCAAUUGCUCAAGUGCUCUUCAGUCGUGGUUCUUCCACAAUGAAAUAACUGCAAUCCCUGACACAAGAGACUUGCAAAAUUGCAAAAUAAAAGCAAUAGUAUUUGAAGACAAACUUGGCAUAGCUAAACUGCUCAAGCCAUACAUUCACCCAGAGUCAACACUUGUGGAGAGCAGAGAGCACUGGAUGGCAGACCAAAUUCGGAAUGUAGUGUCCGGCUCACUGACCAACAACGUUGAUAUCGAAAAUGUUCUCUUCAUCUGGGGUGUCGAGGACCUCAGUCGCUUGUCAUCCGAGAAGACGCUCGACUGCUUGGUGAAUUGCUGCGAGCUGUUUCGCCAGAUUGUUUUAGCCUUGAAGGAGAGCGAGCGCUCUCUCACUGUCCGUGUCGUUACUUAUCGAUCGACAGAAACGACUGUAGACCACGUCGGUCCUGGCUUCGUGCUGUCCGGUAUGACACGGGCUUGUGCGGCAGAGAUGGCGGGUCUCUCUUUUCAACUGGUCGACCUUGCUUCUGUGACCAGUGAAGACAUUGAAACGCUGGCUUGUGUGAUCAACACAUGCAAAGAACAAGAGGUCGUGAUCAGCAAAGGCCAAGCGUUGACAACAAGAAUAGCUCGGACGCCCAUGAGGGUCGGGACUUUAAGUGAAGGUGAUGAGCACUCGGUGUAUGUGAGAGACUUUGUCCUACAGACAGCUGAUCCAUACCGAAUGACUCACUUGUCUGCCAUCCCCUACGACACCAAUGCUAAUCCUAUCCAAGAGAAGUCAGUUGAGAUUCGGCUCACCAAUGUGUGCGUGCAGUCGUCCGAUUACUUUCCCGUCACCGCAUCGCAUUUGAAGUUCGGAAAGACGAUGUAUUGGAACAAGCACACGGCACACAAUCACAAGCUUCUCGCUUUGGAUUUUAGCGGCAUUGUCACAGCUGUCGGGAAGGAUGUUCACGACCUCAGAGUGGGAGAUCCUAUUGCUUCAUGUUAUCCAGUUGUUGCCACUGCGAAGGUCGUGAUUCCAGAAGCUGUGUGCUACAGCACAAAGAGACUCCCGUUUCUGAAAGAGACGCCAUGUGUGUCUUACUUUAUACUCGCAUGGGAGAUCCUGCAGAAAAUGCUGGUUCAGGUUAAACACCAACACAGGAAGCUGAUCAUCAUCUCCUCCAACUUAGCCUCAGCCCUGAUAAAGGUUUUGGCUCUGACGGCAAACCGGUCCGGCUGGAACGUUUCCUCAUUGUCACAUUUUGGAGGGGAAUCUCUGCAUUCUGAUGAGAGUCACGCUUUCGUUUUUCUGCCCCCGUUCGAUAACUCGUGGCAAGGGGUGCAUGACAGCGGUCGUCAUGACAGACACGUUAUUUUUGUGAGCAGCGAUCGCAUCUCACAAUCCUUCUCAGCAAACAUGUUUGCACUGAAGAGUGAACACAUCCAUGUUCAUAAGCUUGACGUGGCUAAUGUUCUCCAGAGAGCGAGUCUGCAAAUGCAGAACAGGGAUAUCUCUGAUUGGCUGUUGUCGUUAGGCUUUGAUGCAGCAUCUCUUCCUUUGAAAAGAGAGACUUUUCAAAUAUCUAGCUUAAUAGAGCCUGAGAACAAUGCAGAUGCCGAGUCCUACUUCACAACAAAGACUGUACAGCAAGUUGUUCUAGAUCAUGGAGAAGCUGACUGUCAAAUGUCAGAUAUCCCUUUGCUGACGGGUUCUGGACAACUCUUUAAACCGAGUUGUGUUUAUAUUGUCACUGGAGGGCUCUCUGGUUUGGGAUUUGAGACAGUAAAGUUCAUUGCCUGUCAUGGGGGAGGUUGCAUUGCAACACUGUCCAGAAGUAAUCUGACUGAUGAGUUACAGUUUGAGAUGGAACUCCUCCAGAGAAGAUAUGGAGUCACAAUCACGAAUGUCAAAUGUGACGUUUCUGUGUCGACGCAGGUCGUGGACGCGAUCUCAAUGAUCGGACAAAGAUUCUCCUCUCGACCGAUCAAAGGAGUGUUUCACAGCGCUGCGGUUUUACACGACGCGUUGAUCGAAAACCUCGACGAGUCCCUUCUCCGAAAGGUGCUGCGGCCGAAAGUGAGUGGGGCUCUGAACCUUCACUAUGCGACACUUUCCAACAAACUGGAUUUCUUUGUGUGCUACUCCUCCAUCUCUUCCUUCAUCGGCAACGCCUCGCAAUGUAACUACGCGGCAGCCAAUUCGUUCCUCGACACGUUCUGUCAUUACAGGAGAAACCUCGGUCUCGCUGGACAGUCCAUCAACUGGGGUCCGUUGAACCUCGGCCUCCUGUUGAACAAAGGCCAUUUCCAGAAGUUCCUGGAGGCCAAAGGGAUGAUGACAAUGGAUGUGUGUGACAUCCAAGAGGCACUUGAAAAGUGUCUCCUGAUGAACAGACCACAACAAGUCAUCUGCAAGUUCAACUUCAAAAAUCUUAACGUUCACGUUCUUUCGCAAAACGCGUCCCUCAGAGAGCGUUUGUCAGCGCUCGUGGAAAUGGAGCUAGAAGUUGAACUGAGUCAUGAACCCUCGGUUCAGCGUUCGUCUUCCGCGUAUGAAAGUGUGAGAACAAUCGUCAGCGACAUCAGCGGCGUUAGCGUCGAUGAGCUGGAUGACGACUUAGCUCUGUGUGCACUGGGUAUCGACUCGAUGUUGGCCAUGACUCUGCAGAAUAAGAUUUUCCAAGAAACCGGCGUAAAUGUACCUUUGGUUAAAAUAUUGGACCCCAACAGCACGCUGGCCACUUUGGCAGCUCUUGUGAAGAAUAAUGGUUAAUUUCAAUGCACUGCAUGAAAUAAUACCUUGGACUAAGUUUUGGGGAAUUGAAAAUGCUCAAGGUCGCACUCACUGCUGUGGUUUUGUUCUCAGUGAGAUUGGUUGGAAUUAUUUACAGUAGGCUUGUUUUUACAACCGUAUUACAGUAUUUUAUAGUUGUUUAGUAUGUGUUAGAGUGUUUUUCCCACUGAUAUCUUGGCUUGGUCACAAUUGUUUAACCCUUGUGUUGCCUUCGGGUCAAUUUGACCCGAUUCAAUGUUUCACCCUCCUGUCGCCUUCGGGUCAAUAUGACCCGAUUCAAUGUUUAACCCUCCUGUUACCUUUAUAUUUACUAACAUAUUUUACCCUUGAGGUCAAUAUGACCCCAGCUAUUAAAAUCUCCAGAAAAUUAUUAGAAUUAAUAUUGUUUUCCAAGUUUAAGUGUGAGGUACUUUAUGUUUGUUUGUUGACUCCCGAAAGAACACCGACAUUAAACAUUGAAUCGGGUCAAAUUGACCCGAAGGCGACAGGAGGGUUAAAUAUUGAAUCGGGUCAAAGUGACCCGAAGGCAACACAAGGGUUAAAAUAACACUGUACUAAAAUGUUGAUGUCAUGUUUAUAUAUUUAU